UAUAAACCCCUGAAACGACAGUAUAUAAUCUAGAAAAAAGGCCGAAAAAUUUUCUGUGACAAUGGCACUAACAUCAUCAUUUUCAUCGAUUCAUUCUCUCUCGCUCGUCAAAUUAAACCGACAUUCAACAAUAAGAAGACCUAAUGCGCUUCCCCUGGUAACUUGCAACAGCCUCCUUGACGAUUCCACCCUCCUCCAAGCAGCCAAAUACACCGUGGAUUCGUAUGUCGAAAAUGGAAUGGUGAUUGGACUGGGGUCUGGCCGUGCUUCUGGUCUAGCCAUACAGUAUUUGGGGCGCCAGCUUCGUUCCGGUCUGAUUAAAGAUAUUGUUGGAAUUCCUACGAGUAAUCAGCAACACUGUGGUGCAGAUCUGUUGGUAGUGCAAGUGAAGCUGCAAAGGUCGGAAUCCCAUUGGAUCAAUAUGGAGACAGCUCUAAAGUGUGCACAUUUUAUUUUGUUGUAUUGUACUCAAUUGCAUUGUUCAGUUUUAGUUAUGAUUGAUUUAGCAUUCAAUGAUGCUGACGUUAUAGAAGAAGAAACACUUGCAGCAGUCAUUGGGCGUCAGACAAUGGAGGGCGGCGAGUCAUUAAUUCAAGAAAAGACUGUUCUUAAGUCGGCUGGGAAACUUGUUCUCAUUGUCACAGGAAAACAGUAUCAAGGAGCUGUAGAUGGAUCAAUACCUGUUCUAAUCAGAUCCAUCAACUGGUUGGAAACUGCUGAAGAAAUUGAUGACCUGUUCCUUGGUGAUGCCGAGGUUUGGAGGAGACCAUCUGUAGGGUAUGCAGGUCCAUUAGGGGGUGAUUUCCCUCUAGUCACUAAAGAAGGGCAUAAUGUUCUCAAUGUAAUUUUUACAUCUCCAAUAAUAAGCCUCGCUGAAGUAGCCGAUAGUUUGGAUCAAGUUGAUGGUGUUGUAGAGCACGGGGUUAUUUCCAGGAUACCGUUGCGGGCUGAAUGACAGGUGCACAGCAGUGAUUGCCACAGAAGAUGGGCUGCAAAUUGUUGAUAAUAUACUAAAGAUCGAUGGGAGCAGAGUUUAAUCAUAGAACCUUCUAAUUAGAGAUUACUGAAUAAUAUUUGCAUUACUGCUUGAAGUAAGUAUGUUAAAUAUUGAUAUGUUUUUUGUAGCAUAAAAGAUGAGAACAUUAUUCAGAUUUGUUUAUCACAAAGAAAAUUGGUUCUUCAUUUGA